AUGAAUUCGUUUAUCUAUCUUCUUACUUUCUUCUCUGUUAUCUAUAAUAUAAAUGGACGAAUAAUUUCUUUUAACAAUAAAACAAUUAACCAAAAUAAUUCAUCUAAUUCAAUUUUAUCAAAAAAACCUUUAAUUUUAUUUUCAAUUGAAAAUUCUAUUCGAAAUGAACUGAAACUUGGACAAGUUAGUGGUCUUGCUUCUUCAAUUUCGAAUCCAAAUCAUUUAAUUAUUUUUCAUCGAGGAUCAAGAAAAUGGAAUCAACAAUCAUUUCCUGAUGUUUAUAAUUUUAAUCGAAAGAAAUUUGGUGCUAUUCGUGAAAAUACAAUUCUUACUGUUAAUAGUCAAACUGGUGAAAUUAUAAAUCAAUGGGGAAAUAAUACAUUCUAUAUGCCACAUGGUCUUACAACUGAUAAUCAAGGAAAUGUAUGGUUAACUGAUGUUGCAAUGCAUCAAGUUUUUAAAUAUUCUGGAAAUAAAUUAUUAUUAACAUUGGGUGAAUUAUUUGUUCCCGGUGAUGAUACAAAACAUUUUUGUAAACCAACUGAUGUUGUUGUAUCAAAAGAUGGUUCAAAUAUUUAUGUUUCUGAUGGAUAUUGUAAUUCUCGUAUUGUUAAAUUUGAUUCAAAUGGAAAACUUAUCAAACAAUAUCAAAUGCCUUUAGGAAAAAUGCCACUUAUUGUUCCACAUAGUCUUAUUCUUAUUGAAUCUCUUAAUCUUAUCUGUGUUGCUGAUCGAGAGAAUCAAAGAAUUGUUUGUUUUAAUACGAAAAAUGAUGAAGGAAAUGUUAAAUAUAUUAUUGAAAAUACUUUACUUAAUACUGUUUAUGCUAUUACAUAUGAUUCAACUCGAAAUUAUAUCUAUGCAAUAAGUGGAAAAACUCGAUUCAGUCCAGCUAUUGGUUAUACAUUUAGUGCUAAUCCAAAAUCAUUUGGCAAUCUUAUUUCUACUUGGAAAUUAUUAGAUAAAUAUGGUGAACCUCAUGAUUUAACAAUGAGUCUUGAUGGUCGAUCAUUAUUUGUUGGUGAAAUUCGUCCCAAUCGUAUUAUUUCAUUUGAUAUUCUUAAUUAA